AUGAAGCGUGGAGUUGCAGUUCGUCGUGCCGGUGUACGUUGGACUAAUGGUAUCAUUCCGUAUCAAUUUUUACCAGGAUAUACAUCAGAUCAGCAGGCGUUUAUUGUAAAUACAAUGCGAAUGAUGGAAAGUGCAUUGGCAAUUAAUAAUGCCAAAUGUGUUCAAUUCCAACCGAGAGUAUCAACUGAUACAUACUAUAUUUCAAUUACGAAUGGAACCGGUUGCUCAUCUAUGGUCGGGAUGCCAGACACAAUUCCAUUCAAUCAUACAGUGACAUUGCAAACUGACGGCUGUUUCGUUAGCGGAAUCGUUAUGCAUGAGCUUAUUCAUACAUUAGGUUUUAAACACGAACAAUCACGACCUGAUCGAGAUUUAUACGUUCGAGUUAAUAUAGCCAAUAUUGAUCCAUCGAUGUUAUUCAAUUUUGAUAAGUACAAUAAUAGUGAAGUUGAUACUCAAAAUACACCGUAUGACUAUGAAUCAGUGGUGCAUUAUGAAAUUUAUGCAUUAUCCAUUAAUGGUUUACCAACGAUCGAACCGCUUCAACCUAAUGUUAAAAUUGGACAACGGUAUAAGUUGAGUGACAUUGAUAUUCAAGAAAUGCGACAAUUUUAUAACUGCUCAGCAAAUGGAGCCACGUUGCCACCUACUACAACGGCCGCUACUACAACAUCAACCUAUUACUACGAUGUUAUUAAAGUAAUUGUUCCAUCAGCCGGUCAAUAUGUUAUAUAUGGAAGUAGUAGUCGUAUAGAUACUUACGGUUAUAUUUAUCAUGAUCCAUUCAACCAAGCUAGCACAUCUACAAACUUUAUUUCAGCAAACGAUGACGGCGCUUUCAAUUCACAAUUCAAUUUUACCGUUACCUUCCCCAGCUAUUAUGUAGUCCAUCUAGUAGUUACAACUUUUUAUCCGGGUGUGUUAGGAAACUACUCAGUUAUUGCGAAUGGUCCCGCCGCAGUAACAUUCGUUCUACUUACUGAUGGUACAACAACUACUACCACUACAACGGCUAAACCCACGACAACAACAACAACUACGACAACUGUCCCAACAACUACAGCUGUAGUCAAUAUUGGACCCCCACCAAUAAAUCUUUUCUACUCGUCGGAUCUCACUCAACCAGUCUGUCCGAGUGGGUAUUCGUGGACAAUGUGGUUUAAUGAGGGCAAGCCAGCUAACGCCAGUGCUGGUAAUUUGGAAGAUAUGACCGUUAUUCUUGCUCGAAAUCCAACGACUCUAUGCCGGCUUCCAUACAGCUGUCAAGCACAAUCGAUUAAUUCUCCAACAACUCAACCUUCUGGUCAAUGGUUGUUAAGUCGACCGGACAGCACACUUUUCCUGAUCUCAUACAAAUCCUUGGCACCUCUUAGUGUUGACUUUCGCGUUCGAUACUGCUGCUCCAACAGCUCGUUCUCUCCACCAACAGUUCCAGCUGUUAUACCAUUGCCUUUAGAUAGUUCAACAUGUGGUAAACAAGCUAUUACACCACGAGCAAAAGCAAUUAGCCGGAUCUAUGGAGGAACAGAUGCUAUUGCUAAUUCAUGGCCACGGGUGAACUAUGCAAUUACUUCGGCGCAAUGCAUUGGUACAACCAAUCCAUCCGAUGGUACACUCAUUGCUGGCAUGCAUGAUAGAACCUCAGCUGCAGAAGGUAAUACACAACAAUGGCGUACAGCAAAAUCGUUCACCAUUCAUCCUCAGUAUGAUGCAGCUUCGUAUGCAAAUGAUAUUGCUCUGAUUCGUGUAAAUCAAUCAUUUGUGCUGAAUCAAUAUGUACAAGCUGCAUGUUUACUAGGUGGCGAACCACAGCCCGAUGACGAUGCUGUCGUUGUUGGAUGGGGUUCUCAAAUAUUAGGCGGUACAAUUAAUAAUACUCUACAACAAGCUUAUACUAAGAUAGUGCUCGGCAGUUCAACAUGUUCAGGCGACCUUGGUGGACCUGUUCUUGCUAAGUAUCAAGGGCAAUAUGUUGUAGCAGGUAUAACUAGCUUUGUACGUGAUUGCAAAACAACAGGAACUGGUACUUAUCCAAACGUAUUCACACGUGUUGCUGCUUACAAAGCCUGGAUUAAGAGCAUUACUGGAUAA